AUGUCUUGGUUAUUUGGAGUGAAGCCGGCGGCGCCGCCGCAGAUGCCCCCACCGCCACCGCCCGGUUCGGAGGAUGGUGCUGGGAUGUCACCGCCGGAUGGGCCACCGAAAGCUCCAGAGCCAGAAGGAAGCCGAAUGGCUUACUCGUUCGAUUCGACCGCUUUGGAAAGAGCGGCUAAAGCCGCCAGGGAACUGGAAAAGUCUCAUAACGCAAAGGAGGCGUUGCAGCUGGCGCAGAUGCAGGAAGAAACAAAACAGUUGGAGUUCAAAAGUAAAAUUAAAGAAUACGAAGCUAGCAUGGAACAAAUGAAGCUGGAACAGCGACGUGUUGCCGAAGAAGAAAGAAGGAAAACGUUGACAGAAGAAAGUAAACAAUAUAAAAUGAGGGCAGAUUAUCAAGAUCAGCUGGCAAAGAGACGGUUGCAAGAAGAGCUGGCUACGAAGCAGAAAAUGCAAGACGAGAACCUACGCAAACAGGAAGAAUCUAUUCGACGACAGGAAGCGAUGCGUAAAGCCACCAUCGAACACGAGGUUGAACUCAGGAAGAAGUUCGAAAUACAGAGGGCAGAAGCGGAAGCAAAAGCUAAGGCGAUUGCUGAACGUGAAAACAGAGACAUAUACCUAGAACAGUUACGAACGAAGGAAGCUGAACGGCGAACUACCAUCAUUGAAGCCAUUAAAACGAGUGGUACGGUGCUUGGAGCCAGUGCAGAGGCGUUCUUCUCCGACUUCAACAAGAUGCUCUAUGCUGUAGUGACUUGCUUGCUGGAAGCCGGAGGUUUCACUCUGAUAGCUUUAGGCGCGUACAGUGCCAAGAGGGGUACCGGCGUUCUGGCGCGGUACGUCGAGGCGAGAUUGGGUAAGCCGAGUCUGGUGCGUGAGACAUCGCGUAUUACCGCCCUGGAAACUGUGAAGCACCCGAUUCAAACGGUCAUGCAGCUGGUGAACCGCAGGAAAGACGCCCUAUCUGGAGUUAUUUUACACCCCAAACUGGAGGCGCGUCUGCGAGACAUCGCAAUCACAACGAAGAAUACGAAGCGCAACCGCGGUUUGUACAGGAACUUUUUGUUCUAUGGACCCCCUGGUACGGGUAAAACGAUGUUUGCUAAAAGACUCGCUGCGCACUCAGCCAUGGACUAUGCCAUUUUGACUGGCGGAGACGUGGCACCCCUCGGACGCGAUGGUGUGUCCGCUAUACACAAAGUUUUCGACUGGGCAUCCAGCUCACGCAAAGGGCUGAUAUUAUUUGUCGACGAAGCUGACGCCUUCUUGCGGAAGAGGAGUACGGAAAUGAUCAGCGAAGACAUGCGUGCAUCGCUGAACGCCUUUCUCUACAGGACUGGUGAGCAGUCGAGCAAAUUCACAAUGGUUCUGGCCAGUAAUCAGCCGGAGCAGUUCGACUGGGCUGUCAACGAUCGAAUUGAUGAAAUGGUCGAAUUUCCGCUCCCGACCGUUGAUGAAAGGAAGCGGAUGCUGCUGUUCUACUUCAACAAGUUCAUCGCGUUACCAGCUACACAAAAGAAAAGAUGGAAUCGUUUGAAGCUUGCCAGUUUCGACUGGGUUGCGAAGUGCGAGCAGAUCGCGACGCAGACCGACGGACUGUCUGGAAGAGAAAUAGCAAAAUUAGCGGUGUCUUGGCAGGCGUCUGCAUAUGCCUCACGCGACGGUGUUUUGACGGAGAAAAUGAUCGAAGACCGAGUUGAAGAUGCAGUAAAGCAGCAUAAACAGAAAGCGGCUUGGUUGGAGCUGGAGCACCAAAAAAUCAGGCUACAGCAGACGAUAAAGGGAAUCGAUCAGAUUUCAGCAAAAGCUGCUGCUAGUCUAAAUGUAACCGAAUCCCAAUUGAAGGAAAAGGCUUCAUGA